GUAAUGAGAAAGCAGUAGUAUGCUGUGGGGUGUAUGGGCGGGUGUUGUUUCGUGGCAGGGCUGAAGAUGGGCGGACUUUAAAACCAGCCAGGAAAAGACAGGACAGCCGAUACUUCCCCGGAGCACAACAAAAAGAAAACGAUGGCUGCCAUUCGUAAGAAACUCGUCAUAGUGGGUGAUGGAGCCUGUGGAAAGACCUGUUUGCUUAUUGUUUUCAGUAAAGAUCAGUUUCCUGAAGUCUACGUGCCUACAGUUUUUGAGAACUAUGUUGCAGACAUUGAGGUCGAUGGAAAACAGGUAGAGCUUGCCUUAUGGGAUACGGCUGGACAGGAGGACUAUGAUCGGUUAAGACCUCUCUCCUAUCCUGACACAGAUGUCAUUCUUAUGUGCUUUUCCAUCGACAGUCCUGAUAGCUUGGAGAAUAUUCCAGAAAAGUGGACACCAGAAGUGAAGCAUUUCUGUCCGAAUGUUCCCAUCAUCCUCGUUGGUAACAAAAAGGAUCUCCGGAAUGAUGAGCACACACGAAGGGAACUUGCCAAAAUGAAACAGGAGCCUGUGAAGCCAGAGGAGGGGCGAGACAUGGCCAACCGGAUCAACGCCUUUGGUUAUUUAGAAUGCUCAGCCAAGACGAAAGAUGGCGUGAGAGAGGUGUUUGAGAUGGCCACCAGGGCUGCGCUGCAAGCGAGGAAACGGGGCAAAAAGACUGGCUGUCUGCUUUUAUAGAAACAUGUAGAAGACAGGAUGUCAGUCAACAGCCCAGGAGACGUCAGAGCAGGGAGGGAGGGAUGAUGGGACAAGCCUAGCAUUCAUGUCCUAGUACAGUCGGCGUAUCAGACUGAUACUGGGACAUCAUGUCAGACAAACCACAAGAGACCUACGGAAAGACUUCAGAAACAAGUCGGGAACAAGAUUUCCUGUCAUCACAAAGUUUGGGCUUAAGAGUUUUCUGGCCACAUCAAGCAAAAAAAAAAAAAAAAAGACUCUAUACCUAGGAUAUUUGAUGGAUUCUUCUCCUCCCACUCUUUAGUCUUGAACAAAAAAGGUCUUUAAAGGGUCAUGAAACCCCCUGUUUCAGCACUGGUUAGUUCUCGCCACAGUUUAAAAAAAAUGCUAAAAAAGUGGGUCGUGGUGCACUGCGGAGGGGGAAGAGGGGAGACGGAUGGACUACACACACAGCUUCGGGUUCAGACCGUUUCAUUUCGCUCCCAUCGAGUUAAAAACACCAAUAAAUGCACAGCCAUUUGCACUCUUCAUCGAAAACAUAUAUAUGAACGCGCCGUUACACCUCUGCUUAUUCUGCUGCAUUUAUGUAAGCCUUUUGAUGGGUUGUGUCACGGAGCUGUAUAAACGGUUACACUCACUAAGUGAAUGAAUCGCGUUUGUACCGAACUCUUCCGAUCCAUGAACCUUUCUCAGUUUAUGUGCGCGAUCUCAUCUCACAGUCCGAAGCGUCUGUCAUAGCAAAUCAACACAUGCUGUUGUGAAUAAUUAAGCGAAGGGCCUUCUUAUAGGAUAAGAACACGCCGUCUCAUGAAUAAUUAAAUAGACACCGGCACGUCAUCGAUUUACAAAUUGUGACAUCAACACGCUGUAGAUUUUAAACCCGGAAGAUGAAAAUAGCUUAAAAUUAACCAGUUUUCUCCAACAGUUAAAAAUGAUCGGAUGCUAAUAUUGUCUUCUAUGAUGUGCAACACAAACACCUCUGCUAAAAUCUCAGAAAAAGUAGUCUGGGGUUUCAUGACCCUUUUUAAUAAGCGUCCUGCCUUCAGUGAUUGUUUUGUGCAUUGGACAGAUUGUAUGUAUGUAUGUAUGUUUGUAUAUGUAAGAAUAUGAAUGUUUGUGUCAAAUGAGCGCAUGUCCGUCUCCAGGUCGCCAACUCUUCAUUGUAUAUGCGUGUAUCUGCCCGGCUUUAUUCUGUUUGAUUAUUCUGUGCUCAACUAAAGCACACACUGAACACUGAAGUGGGCUGUAUUGUGUUUAACCUCCCACUUCAGGCUUUUUCCUUUUUUAUAGCUGAUGUCUCAAAGGAUUCUGGGCUGUACAUUAGGGAUCUAAACCAUUUAGUGAUACUGAUUUAUUUAAAGCAUACAGUUUUUUUUAAUCAUUUGCAUUUAGAAAUAAAAUUUCAAGAAAAUCAGA